AUUAACCACUUACGUCAAUUCCUGCUGUGCACUGUGGGAGGGGUGUCAGGCAGAGGCCGUUCAUUUAGCCCAGCCCUCGUCAGCUCAAGUCAAAGGACAGCAGCGCAGAGUGGUUCUGGUCUCACAGCAGGAACAAACACAUACGCACACACACACAAACUCCCCGCUGCAGAUAUGAUGUAUGUUGCUUUUCUCCUCCUGAUUGUCUUCACAGACGGUGCGUCCUCUAAGAAAGUGUGCAGUUACCAGGACGUGGUGGACUACCUGAACCUGACCACAGAUAACGGUGUAUUUAAACUGACCCGGCCCGUUCUGGAUUACAAACACUCCACUAUGGUGGAACUGGACAUCAUCCUGUAUGCCAUCCUGGCUGUGAUUGAGAAAACACAAACUUUUGUUCCUUUCAUCUGGGUAACAAUGAUGUGGAACAAUGAACGCAUCUCAUGGGACCCGGCUCAGUUUUGUGGAAUCACUCAUAUUACAAUUCCUAGAGAAAUGCUCUGGAAACCAGACCUCUUUAUCUAUGAGAUGAUACAGAAGGAUGACUCCCCUCACAAUCCAUACAUGUAUGUGUCCUACGACGGGACAAUCACUUCUGAAGAUGACAUGAAGGUGGUCAGCACCUGUAAGAUGGACGUCCACAAGUUCCCCUUUGACACACAGAGAUGUAACAUCACUAUUGGAUCUGCAAUACAUUAUGUUAAUGAGCUCCGUCUCCUUCCUUCCUCCAACUCGUCUCGAGCCACCCAGUUUUCCAGAGAGGUGAUGAAAAGUCAGGGAGAAUGGGAAUUCCUCCAACUGUCCAUUGCCAGCUACAAUUUCACCUUUGACGAUGAACAAUGGGAAAACCUCAUAUACACUUUCACUAUGAAGAGGAGGCCCCUCCUCCAUGUCAUCAACUUCCUGCUGCCUAUCCUGUUCUUCCUGAGUCUGGACCUCGCCUCCUACUUUAUCGCAGACCAUCGAGGAGAGAAGUUGGGCUUCAAAGUCACCGUGCUGCUGGCCAUCUCUGUCCUGCUGCUCAUCCUGAAUGACAUCCUACCCUCCAUGUCCAACAAGACUCCACUCAUAGCGACCUACUGCAUUGUGAUUUUUGCUCUGAUGCUGCUCAGCUUGCUGGAGACAAUCUUGGUUACGUAUCUUAUGGAGAAAGACUCUGUAUCCCAGGAAGAGAGCAGGCUAAGGGACAAACGUGAGAAAGUGAAAAUCGAUAACUGUAAUGCAGCGUCUGACGGUGAGAAACAGCAUGAACUGCUGCCGGUGACUGAAGAGGUGAACAACAGCAUUCAGCCACGAGAGUCCCAUGUGUUACUGUUGAUCCUGGAGGAGCUCAAGGAACUACAGAAAACUCUGAAUCUGCACCUCCGCUGCAGACAGAAAGUAGGAAAAUCCGGCCACUGGGCCGCAAAAAUUAACAGAGCUUUCUUCAUUUUCUACGUCACCAUCGUGUCACUUUUUCUAACCCUCAUCUUUAUUGAAUGGAACACUUAGAAAAGUAGAAUAAUGCCUUGUAAUACUUUGGUUCUUGCAUUGUACCUUUAUGUCAACACGUGAUGGAAAAGGUUUACUGUAGAAUCUUCAAGUGUUGUGUUGUGCUAUAAAAGCACACAUUCUGUAUUUGUAGUAGCUUGGCGUGGUCUGUUUUAUGAAGUAAAGAUGAGAUAACUCUUCCACAGUUGAAGGUUAAGUUACACAAUCCUGUAAAUGUUUACUGCUGAAAUGUAUACUGUCGAUAAAAGCUUUGUUCGUUUUUGAAAUUUAGGAAAGAUUACUGCAAAAGACAGUUUAAUGCAGUGACUUU